UACAGGUUAGGUUGGCCCCUCUCACCGCUCUGAUGGACAGCAUUGAGCAAAAUGGCCUUCCUCACUUCAGGCAGCCUUAUCUCGCUGUUGCCCUGGACGAAGCUCAGCUGGAUGUCCUCGGUCAGCGGGUAGAAAAGAAGUCUCUGUCAAUUUUGGAGAGGUUGAAGGCACUAUGUUGGUGUUCUGGUACCAGGUUGAAGAGCUUCCUGCUGGGCUUUUUCCCUGUCUUGUCAUGGCUGCCUCGCUACUCCAUCAGAGAAAACGCCAUUGGAGACCUGGUGUCUGGAGUCAGUGUUGGGAUCAUGCACCUGCCACAGGGUAUGGCCAACGCCAUGUUGGUAGGAGUUCCUCCAGUCUUUGGUCUCUACACUUCUCUCUAUCCUCUGAUCAUCUACUUCAUCUUUGGCACCUCCCGACACCUCUCCAUUGGUACUUUUGCCGUCCUGGCCAUCAUGAUUGGGUCUGUGACAGCCAACGUGGAGUUGCUUAGCGACGGUGUUGAAGAGAGUCAUAUUAAUGUGGAAGUGGCCAAAGUAAACGUGGCUGUACAAGUCACCGUCCUCUGUGGCCUCAUACAGCUCCUAGUGUACCUGCUGCGUGGAGGCGGUGUGUGUCGCUGGCUGUCUGAUCCUGUAAUCAGAGGCUACACCACAGCAGCAGGCCUGCAUGUUAUCAUCCUGCAGCUGCCUCUGUUGACUGGAAUACCUGCACAAAGACACACUGGACUGCUAGCUUCAGCUUGGACUUUAAAGGAUGUUCUGCAAGGAGUGACCAAAGCUGUUCCAGGAGUGCUGUCAGUCUCCGCGGUUUCCAUGGUGAUACUCAUCGUAGGCAAGGUGCUCAAUGAGCGCUUUAAGAACAAGCUGCCUGUCGCCAUACCAUGGGAACUUAUAUUGAUUGUCCUGGGCACCAUCCUGUCAGUGCAGAUGGAUCUGGUUGGACAGCACACAGUCCAGGUGGUGGGACACAUACCCAGUGGCCUGUCCUCCCCAGUCCUUCCCUCCCUCUCUCAGGCCAAAGAGCUGUUCAUCCCAGCUCUAUCUGUGGCUCUGGUCGGCUUCAGCUUCCUCUCAGCCAUGGGCUCAGUGUUCGCCAACAAACAUAGCUACCAGGUGGACUCCAGUCAGGACCUGCUGGCUCUGGGUCUGUGUAACACCAUAGGAGGAAUGUUCCAGUGCUUCGCCGUGAGCUGCUCCUUCUCUCGCAGUAUGGUCCAGGAUAGCAUCGGUGUCAAAUCACAGAUGGCCAGUUUGAUAUCAGCUCUCGUGAUUUUAACCAUCCUGUUGAAGAUCGGCCAUCUCUUUGAGCAGCUGCCAAAGGCAGUGUUGGCAGUCAUCAUUGUGGUGAACCUGCAAGGGAUCCUGGCUCAGUUUAAAGAUGUGUGUGUGCUCUGGAAAUCUGACAGAUUAGACCUGUUGGUGUGGGUAGCCUCAUUGAUUUCCACGCUUGUCUUUAACCUGGACCUGGGUCUGGCUGUGGCUGUCGUCUUCUCUCUGCUCACACUCAUCUAUAGGACACAACACUCCUCCACUGUUGUUUUGGGUCGUAUUCCUGGUACAGACUGUUACAGAGACGUGGGACUCUACACUGAGGCAAAGCGAGUUCCUGGAGUGACUAUACUCUCCUUUUCCAGUCCUAUUUACUUUGCCAGCUCUGAAGUGGUCUUCACACAGAUCAGACAGACAGUGAGUUGUGAUCAGAAGGAAAACCCAGCUGGAGUCCACACAUCCUCCUCCUCCUCAGCCCAAACAUCGACACACACUCAUUGCUUGGUUCUGGAUCUCAGCUCGGUCACCUUCAUGGACUCUGUGGCCAUGCCAGCACUUUGCAAGGUUGUAGAAGACUUGGAAGUCCAGGGUGUCAGUGUGUUUCUGGCAGCGUGCCCAGAGAGAGUUUUAUCCCAGCUCCAAACCCAGGGCUGUAUACCAAACAGUCUGCCCAGCUCCUGUCUCUUCCCAUCGGUCCAUCAUGCUGUCCAGCGCUGCCUCAGUAUCCUGCCCAAGCCCCUGGAGGAAAUCAGUCCAUACACAAGUGAAUGCUGAACCUACACCAUUUCUGCUUUUGAAUGUAAAUUACAGGACAGUUACGUCAUCUCACUGUAACGAGAGGGCAGAAAGAAGCAUCCCGGGGUGAUAGUAUAAAGGUUUUAAGAUGACAGUCAGAACAAUCAAUAAACAAACUUACUCUUAUUUUGAAAGAAAGCCAUCAACACUUUUUACAAUAUGUAUAUGUGUACACUUCUCAAACAUUUCUUAACAAUAAAUGUAAUUGU